AUGCCUGAAGUAAUGCCAAUACCAUCCAGCCAAAAAUGGAGAGAAAUCGCGGAUGAAUUUUGGAAAUGUUGGAACUUUCUAAACUGUAUUGGAUCAUUGGACGGUAAGCAUGUAGUAAUUCAAGCACCACCAAAUAGUGGGACACUAUAUUUUAACUACAAAAAGACCUUUUCAGUGGUACUCAUGGCUCUCGUCGAUGCUCAUUAUAAUUUUAUUGUGGUAGAUGUUGGCGCGUAUGGUAGAAAUAGUGAUGGAGGUAUUCUAAUGAACUCAAGACUAGGAAAAAGCUUAGCUAGUAAACAACUAAAUGUACCUUCAGAUACUGAACUUCCAGGAACUGAAAAUGUGGCACCAUUUGUAAUUUUAGGAGACGAGGCAUUCCCUUUAAAAACAUAUUUAAUGAGACCCUACCCUGGAAAACAACUCGAUGAUAGUUCAAAAAGACUAAAUAACUAUCGUCAUUGUAGAGGAAGGAGAGUUGUUGAAAAUACAUUUGGGAUUUUGACACAAAAGUUUAGAAUAUUCAACCGAAGAAUUCAGGCAAAACCUGAAAAUGCUGACAAUAUAAUUUUAGCUACUUGUAUUUUGCAUAAUUUCAUUAAAUAA